CAUGCCGGGGAUGGACACAUAGGAGAACAUUGCCGGGGAUGGACACACAUAGGAGAACAUGCCGGGGAUGGACACACAUAGGAGAACAUGCCGGGGAUGGACACAUAGGAGAACAUGCCGGGGAUGGACACAUAGGAGAACAUGCCGGGGAUGGACACAUAGGAGAACAUGCCGGGGAUGGACACAUAGGAGAAACAUGCCGGGGAUGGACACAUAGGAGAACAUGCCGGGGAUGGACACAUAGGAGAACAUGCCGGGGAUGGACACAUAGGAGAACAUGCCGGGGAUGGACACAUAGGAGAACA